AUGACUUAGAAUCUCUAGGACUAUGCUUAAUAAUUAGUGAAUAUCUCAAUAUCAGAUGAUGAGGGGAUAAUUGAUUACUCACCAAUGAAAUAAUCUAAUUUUUAAAAUGUUAUUACGUAAGGUUAACCAUCUGGAAAAAAAUCAUUAGCAGCUUCAGUCAAACCGAAGUCUACUGCUUCAAAAUCAACAAAAAAAUCAAGCGGAAUUAAGUCAACUAAGGAUAGGGCUAAGGAAAUGAAAGAGCAAUUUGAGGAAUAGGCGAAAUAACUAAAAUGGUAUUAGGAGGAGUAUUAACGAUUGAAGGAGCAAAAAAAAUAUUUAAAAGAAGAGAAGACUUAAUAACUUCUAAUGAUUAAUACAUAUAAAACAAAAUUAGAGUAGAGUAUAGGAAAUGAGAAGAAACUUCAUUAAUAAUUGAAUGAAUAGAUGAAUGUUACAAGAUAAGCAUUAAAAUAGUCAAGUGAUGCUCAAAUAACUUUGGAGUAGAACAAAUAAAAUUACUUACAAUAAUAAUAAAUGGAAGACUUGGUCAGAUAGAGGUAAAAGGAGGAAUUAGAAUAUUAAUAUCAAAAGAAGCUUGAUCAAUCAGUCAAAUAAGCAAUUGCUGAUGCAGAAGGUAAAUACGAAUUGAGAAUUCAAUAAAUGAACAGGGAACUAGAUGUUUUGAGAUAAGAAAAUAUUGAACUUCACAAAAAACUAAUGUAAAAUGAAACAAACAAAAAACAUAUUUAUGUUUAAAGCGAAUUAGAUUAGUUGAAAACUAAGUACUUAACUACAAAGGGAUGA